UUGAGCAUGUUACCGGAAACAAAGAAUUUUUUAAGCCUUGUUGAAACAAAAGCUUAAAUAAUUAUUAUGGUCUGAUUUACUUUGAUUACUGAUAAUAGGAUGCGCAGUUUCAACGUAUCAGUUUGUUCACUAACAUAGCUAUUUUCGGACCAUACGUACGCAUGCUUGGUCAUAGACGGAGAACUUAAUGUUAACGUGUUUAGUAUAUUAUUACGCGUUGCGAAUUGCGGAUGAAUAUUGUUGUGAUGUUUUAAAGGUGCGCAUUUUUAUCAGUCGUAACCUUGUCGCCUAAGACGACAACAUAUUUUCUAUUCGCGAAAACGUAGUAAAACGGACGUAUAGCCUUCAGCUUCAUUGUGUAAGUAAAAACAACAAAGUUCUAAUUGUUAGGGAACGUACAUGAUUAGUGUUAAGCUAUAUCCACAGCACGGAGUUAUAAUUGUUACUGUAUUAUAUAUAAAAUGAAACAGUUGUUUGACGGUUGGGAAACACCAUAAGCUAACAGUGUCAUCCAUUGAGCAGACAGUACUUGCGUUGAGGUACUUGUACUAGUGAAACAUUGUUAGAACAAAAAAGAUGGGAUUUACCAAAACGCACGUGAUUGUUUUAUUUUUAGUAACGGUGGUGAUGCUUUUAGGGGUCCGACUAUUUUAUAACGGUGAUACAAAUAGGGAUCGUUUAAAUAGUGAUUUAAUCCGUGAUGUAAGCACUGAAAAUCGGCCACUAAAAUACAAAGCAGAGGAAAUGUACAACAACAUAGCAACUCUAAUUCAGCAGAGAAAUGAUAUUUCACGUGUGUUGAAUUUGAAACAACAAAAGAUAGGUCAGAUGGAAUGUGAGGAGGCAACACAGAAAAGAGUGAGACAAAAAGUGUCUUCUACAGGCGGAUGGUGUGCACAGACUAGUGUAGAAAACUCGGGGGAACAUAAGACUGAUACAAAAUUAGUUCCAGUAUUGGCCAAUUUUUUCAGAGAUAAAUACGUAGCCUCCUUCGGAGAUGGACCAGGGCGUUAUAAACAACUUCUGUUGGAUACUGGCCUCCUCAAAGGAUACGAUGCUUAUGAUGGUGCUCCAUUCAGCGAGAAAACCAGCAAGGGGCGUGUCAGAUAUCUUGACUUGACACUCCCGCAAUACGGAUUGCCCUUAUAUGAUUGGAUAAUGAGCUUAGAAGUGGCCGAGCAUAUACCACAAGAAUUUGAGAGCAUUUAUUUGGACAAUAUAGUACGUCAUGCAAAAGAAGGUGUAAUUCUCAGCUGGGCAAAACCAGGGCAAGGAGGAUUUUCACACGUAAAUACGAGACCAUUUGAAUACGUUAAGGAUGCAUUUGAAAAGCUUGGAUUUGAACACGAUCCUGAGAACUCUGCUAAACUGAAGAAAGCAGCUUCUUUGGAAUGGCUGCAGUGGAAUACCAACGUUUACAGAAGAAAAGACAUGAGCAAUAUUGAGCAUAUCAAAACUUUAUUAACUUGAAUAAAAACCUGAUUUUAUUGGUGAAGGAUUAAUGAGUUAGUAGGCAGUGGUGAUAUAACGUAUUAUCAAACCCUUUUUGGUGAAAUAUGCAAGCAAAUGUAUUUGUUGCUUUUUUGAGUAGAGAUAUUUAGAUCAAUGAAUAUAAGGACGUUGGAAAGUGUUACGGAGGCAGUUGAAUAAUUUUAAAAUUUAUGAACGUUUGUAAGGGAAUUUAGGUACAUUUCUAAAUCUCCAAUUUACCUAAAAAGGUGUAAAAUAUUUAUAUGACUGAACUGUGAUAAAACCAUUAAAUGGGUAAAAGAAAAAGAAAACAUUCAUCAUGUUUGCAUAUAAACUGCGUUCUGUGUUUUCCGGUACGUGUAUGACAAUUACGUCAUAAUAUUGUACAAUUAGUUACAACUGCUAGUCGUCCAAAGAGCCCCGCCCGCUUAGCUCAGUAGGUAAGAGCAUUGGUCUACGGAUCGCGGGGUCGUGAGUUCGAUCCUCGGGCUGGGCGUAUUUUCUCCGUGACUAUUUGAUAAACGACAUUGUGUCCUCCACCUCGGAUUCAUGUGGGGAAGUUGGCAGUUACUUGCGGAGAACAGGUUUGUACUGCUACAGAAUCCAGGAACACUGGUUAGGUUAACUGCCCGCCGUUACAUGACUGAAAUACCGUUGAAAAAAAGGCGUUAAACCCAAAACAAACAAACAAUAGUCGUCCAAGGGUUUUGAAAGGUGCUCUUUUUAUAUUGUUCUAAAGAAUGAAUUGGGCCAUAACUCGAUCAGAUUGAGUAAAAAAAAAUUACAUAUAUAUUUAAUACAACAGCAUUUGAAAAUUUUGCAUCAAGCACCAUUACGUACAUUCUUAGGCAACUACUGUGUCAAAGAUACUGCUUUCAAUUCUAGUCCACUUCUGUCUGCUACCUCUCCUGGUCUACAUACAAUACAGAUCACAUCUGAAAAGUCUAUCUGAGUGGCCAAUUUGGCAAGAUCGCUGACUUGUUUAUGUGAGGGUUCGAAGUCCUUGUCAUAGUGGAAUAAUUUAGUCAUGUGUGAACGUCAUAUAGUUUGUUAUUAAAACUUCGAUAUUUCUAUCACAGUGUCCCCUCGUGUCUUGCUAAAUGACACGAGGGACAUUCUCUUUUAUAAAAACUGUAACUUGCAAUAAGAUUUCAGGGCUUUCUUUUAUUGCCGGAAUCAGUAAAAGUUUUAUAUCAUUCAAAAAGUCCCCAGGAGUUGUAGAUGGACAUUUUUGAACCUGAAGAGUUUGUUUUUAUUCUCAAAUUAUAUUUUCAACGGAAAAUUGUUGGUGCGUGCCUCUUUGUUGUUCAGUGCCAAUAAAGUCUUUUAUUUAAACUGUAUAUUUUCCAUUGCUAUUUAUUGUUAAUUAAUGCAUAUCAGUUUUACUGAUAAAACACUGUCGUUUACUACGCUGAAGUGUACAAUUUGUACACGAAACAUUGUAAGAACUUUUACGUCAGUACAUGCAUAACUAUUUGCAGCAAAUAGUCUGUUAUAUUUCAAGUUAUAUAUGUAUUAUAUGUAUUACCAAAAGCAAUGAUAUGCCCAGGAAAUCCAGUAAAAUUUAAAGUUCAGUCUGAAGUGUAAAAAUCAUAUUUACGCGGUUACUUUGUUUACCUUUGUUUACAAUGUGCAUGAAAAAUGUAAUUAUUUUAAAUGUGUUA